AUGGAGCACAUCAAACACAGUAGAUUUCCUAAAAGGAUGGAGCACAGCAAACACAGUAGAUUUCCUGAAAGGAUGAAGCACAGCAAACACAGUAGAUUUCCUGAAAGGAUGGAGCACAUCAAACACAGUAGAUUUCCUAAAAGGAUGGAGCACAGCAAACACAGUAGAUUUCCUGAAAGGAUGGAGCACAGCAAACACAGUAGAUUUCCUGAAAGGAUGGAGCACAUCAAACACAGUAGAUUUCCUAAAAGGAUGGAGCACAGCAAACACAGUAGAUUUCCUGAAAGGAUGGAGCACAGCAAACACAGUAGAAGGAUGGAGCACAGCAAACACAGUGGAUUUCCUAAAAGGAUGGAGCACAGCAAACACAGUAGAAGGAUAGAGCACAGCAAACACAGUGGAUUUCCUAAAAGGAUGGAGUACAGCAAACACAGUAAAAGGAUGGAGCACAGCAAACUCAGUAGAAGGAUGGAGCACAGCAAACACAGUAGAUUUCCUGAAAGGAUGGAGCAAAGCAAACACAGUAGAAGGAUGGAGCACAGCAAACACAGUGGAUUUCCUAAAAGGAUGGAGUACAGCAAACACAGUAAAGGGAUGGAGCACAGCAAACACAGUAGAUUUCCCGAAAGGAUGGAGCACAGCAAACUCAGUAGAAGGAUGGAACACAGCAAACACAAUAGAUUUCUUCUAAGUAUGGAGCACAGCAAACACAGUAGAAGGAUGGAACACAGCAAACUCAGUACUUAG